AUGAAGCGGCGGUCGGUGUCGUCCGUCCUUGCCUCGGCGGCCAAGGUUGCUCGGGCGGAGGCUCGGCUUUUCGGCACGCCGCAGCCCUCCCGAGGCUUUCUCGAUCUCAGGAGCGACGAACUCUCGGAGCCGUGCCACGAGAGGCCGCCACACGGCUCUGCCGAAGAGCCGUCCUCUUGCGUUGCCAACACUGAAUCAGAGUCCGAGGCGGAGAGCAUGGCAGCAGGUCCUCCUGACCUCAAAGAGGUUGAACGCCCGCAUGUUCAGCCGCCAACGGUCUGGCAGUGCCCUCGCUUGGAGAAGCUGCUGCCAAAGACUUUGCAAGAAGACCGCGGCAUGAUGCAGGCUUGGGACAAGGGCCGCAGACUGGCGAAGAGCGUCUCUCUGCUGGGGCCCUGGCCUGGCGAGGCGACGGUGAAAUCCAAGAGUUGCGAUGAGCCGCGCUAUGUGGACUUGGCGCGAUGCUGUUGCAGCUGCCCCAGCACCAAUGCCUUCUGUGCACAUCUGCUUGCUGCGACACUGGCCGCGGAAGAGUCCGGUGACGUGGAGGCCUGUGGGCGAAUGGCUUUGCUCAGCCACAUGCACCACCUUGCGCGGGGAAGGAAGCGUCGAAUUGAGAUGGCCGCAGAAGUAUCGGCCGGAGCAGUCGCAGCCUUGCUCCCCAUGGCCAGCGAGGCCGCCCUGUGUCGCUGGGCGCUGCUGUCCCUGCUAGCACUGUGCCAGCGACAGCCACCCACGGCCUCAGUGAUGUCAAGUCCCGGAUCCGUGCUAUGUUUUCAGCUGGCUGAGAAGGCCGCAGAGUUCCAAACAGCGUCGCAGGCCGCGGUCUUCAUCGACUCCCUGGUCCAGGAGCUCGGAAAGUCCACCCCCUGCGCCUCACUGACCAUGGCUGCUGCUUCGGCGGCCGCAGAGCGUUUACUGCUCGAUGUUGCGCAAGAAAAGCGCGAGAUGUUGUGCGAAGGGGCUUUUGUUGAGAUCGCCAGAGUGUUCUUGUUCCUGCCGCAGUCGAAGUGUGUUGGGCGGCCUGUUUUGGGCGAUGGCGUUGCGGACACUGUGCUGGUUUCCUUGGGCGUCGCACUUGAGGAAGCAUUGAAACUAUCAUGCGAGCCCUGUCGCCAACUUGCCAUUGAGUGCGACUCGGAAGGCCGGGUGGUGGCCUUGAACCUCGGAGAUAAAGGCCUGAACGGGCACCUGCCAGCAGAGCUCAGCGACUUGGGCCAGCUUCGCCAACUGAAGCUCGGCUUCAACCGUCUCACCGGGCCGAUCCCAAAGGAGCUAGGCCUUUGUUCAAACCUGGAGCUGCUUCAGCUCACGGGAAACCAGCUUUCGGGGCCGCUUCCAAGAGAGCUGGGGAAGCUCAGGAAACUUAAGACUCUCCUUGCCUCCAGCAACAAUCUCUCUGGCCAUUUGCCAGAGGAGCUGGGGGACUUAUCCGCCUUGCAGCGUCUGCACCUCUCCGACAACAGGCUCUCGGGACCCCUGCCUGCCGAGCUUGGAAAACUCUCGGAGCUGCUUGUUCUCCGUCUUGCCUUCAAUCAACUGGAGGGCGUUCUCCCCGGAAGCCUUGGGAUGUUGAACUCCCUUAGAGCCCUGUUGCUGCAGAGCAACAAGCUUGCCGGGCAGCUGCCGGUGGAAAUUGGCAGCCUUGUGAAGCUCCGGCGUCUUGAGCUCUUCGGCAAUCAGCUGGUGACGCCCCUGCCCCCUCAGCUAGGGCAGCUCCGCUCUUUGCAGAUCCUGCGCCUCUCCCGAAACCAGUUCGCAGGGGCUCUGCCCAAGGAGCUCGGACAUCUCUUGGACCUGAAGCAGCUGGAUCUCUCCGAGAACAGCUUCACUGGAAACAUCCCAUCGGAGAUCGGAAGACUGCAGAACCUCGAGCAGCUCAAUCUUCGGAACAACCUCCUCGAGGGCCCUUUGAUGCCUUUAGACUUUCAGGAAAGAGAAUAUUUGCAGGUUCAGGCCCUUCAGAAGCUGGAUCUCUCCAGGAAUCGCUUUACGGGAGCUUUGAAACUGAGCCCUGGGCUCCCAAAGAUCCGGAAGCUCUCUUUGCGGGGGAACCGCCUCUCAGGGACCAUUCCGGUCCUUGCACCUCUGCUGCGAAAGCUGGACCUGGGAGAGAAUCGCUUUUCGGGGAAGUUUCCGGAAGUGGCGGGUCUCACAAAGCUUCUGGAGCUCAAGGUCGAUGGAAACCAACUUUCCGGAGAGCUUUCAGAAGACAUCUGCCGGCCACGGCUUCAGCAGUUGUCGCUUCACAACAAUGGCUUUGUGGGUGUACUUCCCGAAAUCACCUUGGCACGGAGCCUGGUUAUCCUGACGCUGCAUAACAAUGCUAUCUCGGGGCCCUUGCCGAAGCGUUUCUUCUCCGAGUUGCCGAACCUUGCCAUCUUGACUCUGCAUGGGAACAGCCUCACGGGAUCCAUCGCAGAUGGGAUGAGUCUCAAGGAACCCUGUUUAGACAAUCCUCGCUUCGAGCUUCGGGGUCUUGACUGUCACGACUGGAGGGACGAGACCUCGGCUGGUUGCAAGGCUUUGGCAUCUCGCGGAGCUAGCAGCUUGACCCAACAAGAGCUUUUCUUGCUGAUCGAGAACUGCCCCAGGUCUUGCCAGGAGUGUGAGAAUCCGAGCUUGCAACUGCAGAACCCCAUGCUGACGCUGCACCGAAACGCGCUCUCUUGCAGUCUUCCAGAGAAGGUGACGAGUGCGGCCGCAAGUGUCUUUGCACUUGUCGUCAUGGGGAACAUGGUCGGAGAUGGCCAUGAUUUACCAUCCUGGGUCCACAUUGAAGAGCGGCAGGAGUUCCUCUACUUUUCUGACCGGGCCCACACCAGUAAUCUCUUCAUCGGCUUCGGUAUGGCCUUCCUUCUAUUGGGCCUGGUCUUCGCUCGAGGUCGUAUCUGGAAGGCGCUCUUCCAAGCAGCCCGCUAUGCUCAUGAAAGCUCACAGGUCUCCGCUGUGUCCGAGUCCUGCUUCGGCGUCCUUCGCUUCACGACCUUGUCUGCCAUCCUAUGCUUCGCGAUGUUUCCCCUCUAUGUUUGGGGUGCGACUUACUACAGCUGUGGGCAGCCGCUAUCUCGUACCACUGCCGCCUACCUGAAAGGGCCCUGGGAGACUCUGCUGGUCUGCACCUCCUGGAGUUUGCUGACCCUCUUCUUUGCAGCCGCCGUGGCUGCCCUGCCCUCCAAGCGCGCGGCAGGAUUGAAAACUCCUCUGGAAUCUGGACCCCGCGGCUGCAAGCUCAUCAUGUUCUGGAUGCUGUGGCUGGUGGUGGUGCUUGGCCUGUCCGUGCCCUCAAUCCUCUUUUCUGUCUCUCAGGCUCUCCCUGCCGGCAACACUUCGGGGCUGAGCCACCAGACGCUGCAGAUUGCCCACCGGGCGGCUCCCGCCCUGAUUGUGGCUGUUGACAUGCUUUUGGCAGGUGCCUUGACAAGAUGCUUCUCGGCGCUCACGGGUCUCCGACGCGAUCGCUUGCUUAUGAUUUUGAGACUUUGCUCCGCCUGGCUCCUGUCUCUGCUAACGACUCUAGUUCUGCACGAGAACUGCUUGGCUGGUUGGAAAUUUUUCUGGAGUGUUUGUGAUGCACAGAGCCCACGCCACGAGAUAUUCACCCUUGGUAUCUGGGACGAAGAAAUGAUGAACACCGAUGCUGACAUGUGUCAACUGGAGCCUUCCUGGUGGAAGAAUGGUCGUUGCAGCAGGGCCAUGAUUGAAGGUCUUGCCCCUCUGCUGAUGAAGAAGCUUCUUCUCAGAACCUGCCUUCUGCCGGUCCUGCUGCUCAUCGCAUGGCAGCUGUCGAAGUUGGACUCGGGCGAGCGUUCGGAUGGAAGCCGUCAGUUGAGGCUACUUAAGAUCGGUCCCACGACCAGCGGUUGCCUUUCGCCGGUGCAGCAGCAUGCCCUGCUGACCACCUAUAUGGAGACAACCAUAUUUUGGGGGCCACUAAAUCCUUUGGUCAGCUUUUGCGUUGCCACUGCAGCCGCGGUCAACACGCUUCUCUUCAACAAAGCCGUGACGGAUUUCGGAGUGCGCAUGCCCACGGAUCAUGCAAGCAGCGUCUCCACGGUGUCUCGCGACUACUUGGUGUGCUCGAUAAUAGGCGCGGCAGUCUUUCAGAUGUGGCAUGCGUUUGGAACGGGUAUGAAGGGGCAAGUGCUGCUGGUGUUGGCAACCGUGGCCGUCCUUGUCUUUACUUUGGUGCCUUUUGCACCCGUGCACUGCGGUGCAUUUAUUCAGUGCGUGCGAUGGAUCAUCUGGAGACCGGGCAAUACAAACGAAGAGGUCAUUGAGCUGACCUGCCCGGACUCACCAUCGGACAGAUCGAACAUACGGUCUGCCUCGGUCGAUGCGAGCGAGACUUGA